AUGAGGAGGUCGAGUCUGCUGGAAGAUGAAGACAGAAUCUUGAAACUGCUAUUCGGAAUACAUGAUUUUAGUGAAGCUUGUAGUGAAGUCAUGGCAGCAAUCCGAAACAGAACGGACGAGAGAAUCAUAAUAAGUGAAGAACGGGCGCGACAGUCCUUGAGGCGGGGAAGGGCUGGCAAGGCCACGGGGCCAGACGGUGCGCCAGCCAAGGCACUCGAGCGUUGUGCCGGACACCUGGCGCCAAUGCCACGGCAACUUUUCCAGGCCUCUAUAGAUCAAGGGGUUGUGCCGGUCCAAUGGAAAGCAUCGGAAAUAAAGCCCAUUGAUAAGGUGUCUUCCCCCAGGUUGCUCGAUGACUUUAGGCCUGUCGUAUUUAACCUCCAGUGUCAUGAAAUGGCUGGAAGAUAUUUUGAGAGACUGUCUGUACCUCAGUGUACCAUGUUUAACAACUUCGAGUCUGACAUAAUUGUCACCAACACAGGGGUUCCUCAGGGAUGCGCCAUGUCUCGGGUCUUGUUCACCUUGUUCACCAAAUGGAAAGAAGGUAUAAAUCCAUUGCCAACCACAAUGCAGAGAAAGAUCUUUUUAAAGAUAAUAUUGAUGGGGAUUGCAAUGUCUCUUUUUAUCUAUUCAACGGUUCCUUCCAGACAGUUUUUUCUGUCGCCAUGGAACGUCAGUUCCUCCCACAGUCUGGAAGCGACGGGGAUUCCCCUGACCAGUGAGGCGCGAUGCUCUCCUCAUAAUCACGUGAUGUUUAUCAAGACUCAUAAAUGUGGCUCUUCCACGCUGCAGAAUAUUUUCCUGCGUUAUGGCUACAAGAACGAUCUCAUCUUUGCUUUACCCGAAAAACAUAACUUAUUAGGGUAUCCUUAUGGUUUUAAGGUGAACACACGAUCACUGGAAUUCACAACCCCGCAGCCGAGCCUGAUCCCCCGGCGCCUCCUUCCGCCCGAGGGCAAGGCGGACAUCUUCGCCCUCCACACCCGCGUCGCCUUCGAGGAGCAGAUGAAGGUCCUGCACAGCGACGCCCGCUGGGUCACCGUCCUUCGGGAGCCGGCCAGUCAGUUCGAGUCCUUCUACAACUACUUCAAUCUCAAGAUGUACUUCAAGAAGGAUCUUGCGGAGUUCAAGGACAUCCCAGUUGCCAACAUCUCCCUUCCCAGGUACAGGGGCUUCUUCGGCAAGAACCAGAUGACCUUCGUGAUGGGUUACCCAGACUCCAUCUCCGGCGAACCCCUGCACCAGGCUGUUGAGGAGCUCGACCGACUCUUCGACCUGGUGCUGAUCUACGAGCACUGGGACGAGUCUCUGAUCCUGCUGCGCCACCUGCUGUGCUGGAGCCUCCACGACGUGGUUGCCUUCAAGAAGAACAGUCGCGGCAGGAGAAAGAAGCUCGCCCUGGACCCCGAGAUGCGAAGGACGCUCCGGGAGCUGAACUACGCAGACGUCGAGCUCUACGAACACUUCCUGGCCAAGCACCGUCGCGAAGUGCUUGCGUUCGGGGUUGACAGGAUGGCCAAGGAAGUCCUUUCGCUCGGGAACCUCCGGGACGAGUACAGCCGCCAUUGCGCAGCGAGGAAGGAGGCGAAGAGGGAAGCUCCGGAAGGAAGCGAGAAAGGAACCCAAGCAAAGGGAUCUGGGGACACGCUG